ACAAAAGUGAAUAUAAUAUUUUGUUCGAAUUCUUGCAGCCGGUGCAGGAAAGGCGUCUAAAGGUGUUAAGAUCGCUCAUCAAUCCUCCUUACAAGGGAAUGCACGCACGGCACCGUCUCAUCCUGAAGUUGACGAAGCUCUGCUGCAACCAAACCCUCUCGCCUGUCAGAGAGCUCCAUCACCUCUGCCGGGUCCGUCACGCCCCCGCUCUAGGCCCCCCUCACCGCGCCCCGGGCCCUCCCGAGUUCACAGCCGCGGAAUUAAGCUCGGAGACUGCAGCAGCGAAGACAGUGAAGACAGCAAUGACGGUAACGAUGAUGACGAUGCGGUAUCGCCUCACAUUAUUUCCCGUAAUGAGCUAUUCCGAGGAGCGUGCGUAAGGCUGGGUUUUAGCAUCCCAGGUCGUGACCAGCCCGAUCCCGUCGAAUACCUUCGCAGAAACGAAGAUUAUUUCGCUGAAAUCCUGCAAGCACAUCGUUGCACUCUCGGGUGUCCUCCUCCUGCCAUCAAGACGUUUACGGGAUUCACCCUCAUUCUCAGCAGAACCGACCUCGCGACGGGAGAAGUAAGAAACAUAGAAAAAAGUGUAACCCUUCGCAGUUGCAUCAUUACUUCAGAGGCGGAAUGCAGAAGAACAGUGCGAGGGUGGAGCGAGGAGGUCGACGCCAGGCUGGAAGAGUGGAUCACCGACGAGGGGAGCGGGCUCGAUCUUGACGCCAUUGCAUCGCACGACAUCACCAUAUCGCGAAUUCUUGCCCCUCAAGCCAUAGGGAAAUACAUACCCUUCCCAGCAAAGGUCAGAGGGAAGAGGUACAUCUUCAACCCUGUUGGGGACACGGAUUGCGUGAUAAGAUCCCUUGCCGCCGGAAAACUAUUGUCUGACGGAAAAUGCAAGAAGAGGCUUGCGAGAGAGGUUGAUACUCGGGCUAAAUGCGCACGAUACAUCAAAUAUGAUGCGCAAAAACUCCCAACCAGCUGGGAAACACUGGGAGAAUUGGAGAGGGAAAAUAAUCUCUCUCUAUAUGUUUACUGCCUGCAAAAACCGUUCACGUCUCAUGACAACAACAACAACAACUACUUUCUGACACAAGUUCGAAGAGGAAAAGAAGACAACAAGAAACGUCUACUCCUUCACUUGCUUCUGCUCGAAAACGAACACGCGUGUCUCAUCACCGACUUCAACCGUUUUGUUGACUCAUUUUCAUACAGAGGCAGAACCCCAAACAAACACUUCUGUCGUACGUGUUUCUCGACCUUCUCAAACCAGAUGCUGGCAGAUAAUCAUAUGGCAGAGUGUAAAUCGCCCGUUCAGAUUAUAUACCCACCUCCCGGAAGCAAGCUCAGCUUUAUUAACUAUGGGAAAGCAUACAGCCCAUCGCACAUAUGCAUAUACGACUUCGAGGCAUAUAUGGACCAAACAAAUGCUAGAAACAGGUGCAUAUCACACCACAAGGCAUUUGCCUACGGCUUCAUUAUCAUCGAUAGAAGAGGUGACACCGUGCAUAGUUCUACAUACAAAGGAACCGAUGCAGCAACCCACUUCAUCGAGAGCCUGUCUGCCAAAUGGUCGGAUAUUGUAAAAAACAUGGUUUACUACCCUCUCCACAUGACAGAUCAAGACCAGCAUAUACACAACACUACAGAGACGUGUAAAAUGUGCGGGCAGAAGUUUCCCAAUCAUCAGCAGAAGCACAGACACCACGACCACACGAAACAACGAAACAACUACAUCGGGGCAUACUGCGCGAGGUGCAACAUUCAAAUGAGGAACCACCGCACCAAAAUGCCGUGCAUAGCACACAACCAUUCCUACGAUCUCGGGUUGAUGCUGAAAGAAAUGCAAGGUGGCCUGAACAUAAACGUGCUUGUUAAACAAGGACUCAGGUUCCACGCCGUGGAAAUUAACAACCUGAAAUUUCUGGAUAGCAUGGCAUUUAUGAGCACCAGCCUGAGCUCUCUCGCCAGGACGCACAUUGAGAGCGGGCGCCCGUUGAAGUACUCAUCUCACCUCGUGCAACACCUGUCAGCCGAAGCCCAGAGAUUACUCCUAACAGGGAAAGGAAUAUUCCCUUACGAAUACCUAGACAAUCUGAAUAAGCUGGAAGAUACCUCCCUCCCCCCGAUAGAACAUUUUUAUAGUUCUCUCACGGGGGACACCGUCACGCAGGAGGAAUACGACAAUGCCCUCAAGGUAUGGGAAGCUGCCGAGUGUCGCACACUCGGGGACUAUGCCGACUGCUAUCUUCGUGCUGAUGUGGGUCUGCUGGCUGAUGUGCUCAGCGAGUGGAGGUCAACCCUUGUCAAAAAGUAUGAUCUCGACAUGGUGAAUUAUGUCAGCCUGCCCGGAUACGCCUACGACGCAUUUUUGAAGAUGACCAAAGCGCAAUUAGAGCUCAUCUCAGACCCCGAGUUGGCGCGCAAAAUCGAGCGCUCGGUGAGAGGAGGACUUACAACGUGUGUUCGACCUCAUACAGUGGCAAAUAAUCCGCUUGUCAACCCCUGUUUUAACCCCGAAAAGGAACAAAGUACAUACAUUCUUUAUCUGGAUUUUAACAGUCUAUAUGCCACAGUGAUGUCAGAAAAACUUCCCUAUGGAAAUAUUCGGAAACUACCCGAUGGUGAAAAGAGGGAGUUUGUGGCAACGGGUUUGUCCGACCACGACGAAAGCGGCGAUAUCGGUCACUGGGUCGAGGUUGAUCUGCACGUGCCGGAAGAUGUCGCAAGAAAAACCGACGAGCUUCCUCUCCUUAUCCAUCACAUGGAGAUAAGAAGCCAAGACCUCUCGCCGUACAACAAAGAACUUCUUAUGUCGCAAAACAGACGUGUUCCUCCGAAAAAUAAAAAGUUGGUAGCAUCGCAUCUUCCUCAAGAAAAUUACCUCGUUCUGUUGAAACAUCUGCAGCUGUUAAUUCAUUUGGGAGUUGUGGUGGACCAAGUGCACGAGGUAUACGAAUUCUCGCAGGAUAGCUAUCUCCAACCGUUUAUCCACGAAAACAUCAAAGCACGUCGCGAAGCUACCGAUAAAGCUCAGCAGCUCUGCUUCAAGACCCUUUCCAACAGCGUGUUUGGCAGGUGUUUAAUGAACCCCCUGAAGAGAGUGGAAAAGGCCAGCAUGGUGUGCAAGACCUCAUCAUUUCUGAAAAAGAUACGGGACCCUCUUUUCAAAAGGCUCAUCCCCCUCGCCCCGAACCGUGUUAUAACAAUUUCAAGAGCAAAGACAGUGACUAUGAACUACCCACAAUAUAUCGGGUUCACCAUUCUGGAACUGGCUAAAUAUAAACUUUACCAUUUUUUCUAUAAAGUGUUAAAACCGAUCUACGGAGAGAGGGUAAAGCUCUGCUACUCCGAUACAGAUAGUUACAUCCUCUCUGUCGAGACCGAUGAUGUUUAUAAAGAUUUUUCAACUGCUCCUCUGAACGAGUGGAUUGACACCUCUAAUUUUAGCCAGGACCAUCCCUUGUAUAAUGUAACGGUGAAGGGGAAGCUCGGGCUUUUAAAAUCCGAGACAGGGGAAAUUCCUAUCAAAGAGGCUAUAUGUUUAAAACCAAAGACAUAUUCCUUGCUCCUAAAUAAUAAUCAAUCUACCACAGGUACGAAAGGAAUCUGCCGAUCUGAAAAGAGAAAACUCAAACACGAGAGGUUCCGCCGUACUCUUCAUCAGAAAGAGGUCCACACCUUCAAUCAGGUUAGUAUUACUAACGUUAAUGGACAAAUGGCUACCACAAUAACCAAAAAACGUGGAUUAUCAUUAUACGACGACAAACGCUGGUAUAUCAACACCUAUAAAUCGCUGGCGUACGGUCAUCCGGACAUUAAGCAUCUGGCAAAGGAAAGUGAAAGUGAAAGCGAGGAAGAGGAGGAGGAGGAGGAGAGACCCCGCGAUGCGGUCAGUGGGCAUACGAGCGAGGAGGAGGGGGAGGAGGAGGAGGAGGAGGCGGCGGAGGCGGAAGCACCUACAGGUGCACGGACAUAUAACUUGUGGAGGAGACGACAACAUCUUCUCUCCGCACAUUUUCCGUGUCUUGGCCGUACUAACGACAGAGCACAGCAGCAACAGCUACAACAACAACAACAACAACAGCAACAACAACAACAAAAUCGACGACGAUCGCGACAGGAAAGUAAAUCCAAACUGGCAACUCGCAAACGGAGGAAAACAUCGGCGGGAACUCCGUUCAUUCUCUGUGAAGCGAGGGAAAACAACACCAGCGAUGACGACGACGAUAUAAUAUAACAUUGGCAACUCGCAAACGGAGGAACAUCCAUUCAAAUUUGCGGUGUUGCCAUGUUGUGUAUAGUUAUGUAUAUUAUUUUGUAUAUUGUAUAUUUUGUUGUAUAUUAUAAGAUUUUAUUACUUUUAUUACGUAUUUCUGUUUGAGUUUGUACAAAUGUUCUGAA